CCUUGUCGGAGAUUUCUUAAAGGUUUUAAUCAAAAGUGGCUUUCUUGCCUCAGUCUUUGCUCUGAGGCUCUGGGGCAUUCUGAUCAAGAGAAACCGAAGCCUUGGGGUUUUAUUUUUUUUAUUAUUAUUUUUUUUAUUACCUGUUUACAUCAUAAUUCUUAAUGGCCAGUGAUCAAAUAUCAUGACGGUGGUCAUGAAUCAUAUUAGAAUUGACUAAAUGACUGUUGUUUGCAUUUCCUAACCAAAGAUUAAAUCCUAUUUACUCUAUUUAAUCUAUGCAAGGUAAACGGGUUAAGUCUGUCUGAUUUGUAAAAUAGCAGUCGAAUGUAACCAUAUGCUGUUGUGUCUUGGCAUAAUACAAAGCUGCCCAUGACUCAGUUGAACCCCAUUCUUGGAAAAUAACAUGCUAGCUAGCAACUAGUAGCAGAUCAGGUGGUCAAGACCCUGCUUGGGUGUCCGUUUCAGAUUUAUGCCUUACUUCAGCUUUUAAUAGUGAUUUGAUAUUCUGGGAGUUAUUUGUCACAUCUCUGAAGCCCCCCAAAAUAAAUCUGUAGGUCUCCUGAAGGCGGGUUGAAGCCCAGGCAGGACUUGGAGGUGUCGCUCUGAUCCGCCCGUCAUGUCAAUGUGUGCACUACUGCUGAUGUCCCAGGCAGCCUGCAGGCUCAACAAAUUUACAAACUCCCACGAGUUUCCUCUGCAGGCAGACGUCGCCAACCCGCUUCUGCCCUCUGGGCUCUGCACACUUUGCAGGGCAAGCGAACCUGUUGCAGAAUGUCUGCAGUGUUUUAUGGCUUCUGAGCUGUGCAACUUGCGCAAGGACACCAACUAACCUGUGGAGAGCAAUAUCACCAAAUACUUGGAGUCCUCUGCCCCCUUUUUUUAAAAAAUUUUUUAAAUUUUUUUUUUUUUUUUUUUUUUUUUUUUUUUUUAACGAAGGAGCACACUGAAGCUAAUAUGCCAGCUGAACUCUGUUUUGAUCCUUCAAAAGUCUUACAGCAAGACUGUCCUACAGAGGAGAGCAAGUCUUUGGAAAAUGCAACCGAAUCGAGCGCGAUUUCUGCAGAGCAGAAAAUAUCUGUUGAUUUUACAGUGCACCAGAAUGUUUCUGGACUAACGCAGCCUGAUGGAGAUUAUAGCGAAAACGGACAGCUCCUUGGAGAAUUAACCGAGCGAGACGAACUGGAUUAUUCCGAGAGCAGCAGUCUGUCUGAUUUCGACUUGGAGCACAGUGAGUCUUUUUCAAUAAGCAGUGGUGAUGUCCACUCGAUUGAAAACAGUGAAUGCUCUGAAUCUAACAUGGAGUCUAACAUUAGUGACCAAACUCUAAUGGAAGAAGAUGAACCGGAGGCGUUCACCUUAUUUCAGGCCAUGCCUGAUCUUUGUAUGUAUUAUGAACAGGUAGAUACCGAAAUCCAAGAGGUUGAUUUAUCAGACCUUGAAAUGCUUUAUGAGCACGGCACUGAAUCUGAACAACCUUUAGAAGAGGACAGUAGUGAUGAAGGUUCUGAAGAGAUCAGCGUUUCAGAUUUGUAUGAGCAAUACGGAGAACCAGAUCAAAAUGCUGUAUUUGAGCUGGAUCAAGAACGAUGCAGAUCCUUUGAACAAUGUGAGCUUAACAAUCAAAACAUGCCCUGUGAAUGCCAUACCACACAUUUUGAAUCUUCUGAAAUGUGCCAGGCCUCUAAAGAAAGCAUGCCAGCUGGACUGUCUGGGUCCCUUGAGCAGCAAGCACCUGCCGGACAACUAGAAAACGCAUACGACAGCGAGUUAAGUGCAAAAAACAGUCUAGGAUCCCGUACAGACUCAUUUGAGAGCUUAGUUCGAAGCCAGCUCUGCAAUGACUUUGCUGAACUGACACUGGAGCAGAAUCAGAGCUUCGAAUAUUAUACUGAACAAGAUUAUAGCCAGCUGUCUUUAUAUGAAAUCGAAUGUGAUAAGAUGCUAGGACAGUGCUUAAGUUGUGGAAAAUACUUUGAGAAAUGUGAAAGUUCUGAACAGCGCGAGUCCUCCGAGCCUGCUCGGAAUUCUGAAGACUCGCGAGAAAGCGAAUCUUUUGGAAACCCUCCUGAAUUGUGCGAGGCCUUUGGAACACCGGGCUCUGAACUCCCUAGAGAAAACCCUCCUAUAGAAUGCAACACAAAUGAGGUCAAAAAGCAGCCAGAGUGUGAUAUGAUGUUUUUUGGAUCAAUGGAAACCUUCGAGGCUCGUUGGCUCUCACAGUUUCUCGCUGUUGACGGUCACCAAAAUAAUACCUUUGAAAUGCAGGACGUUGAGGACCUUAAUGUUGCAGUCAGUGAGCCAAGUAAUGAAUUGCUCUCCUGUGACAGUAAUGCUGAAGCUGAACCUGUAAUUGAACCUCUGGAUACCUCCAGUGAUCAGAGGACACUUUGUGAGGAGUGCGAAAUGAGAGGAAACGCGCAGUUGAAAUACGACGUGCACUCCCAACUGUUUGAACUUUGUAACGUUAAGGCUGGAACAUUUGACCUUGAAUAUGAUGAAAGCAGAGCUGGAGAGUUAGUUGUCAAAGAAGCGUCAAUAGACGAUUGUAGCGAAGAGGAAUAUGCCGACUGUAUUGAUGGCAAAAGCCAAGGCAGUGCUGAAACAGAUGAGUCAUUUAAAAGUUUUAUAGAUGAGCCAGAGGAGAUCGAUCCUAUACAAACUGAUGAUGGCGAACCUAUAUGUGAUCUCCCUGAGACAGAUGAAUGUUGUACUAGACACAGACAGGAGUCACACGAGGUCAUCGACGGCCUUAGCGAUGCCACUGAUUCAUAUACAAACGAUGGAGUAGAAGCACAUGAAAAUACUCAGGAAUCCUGCUCUGAACCAGAAACUUUAGGAACAGAAAUAUAUAAAACAUACGCAGAGGUACUUUGCUCUGGACUCGGUAUAGAAACGGUCCAAAGCCGUACACCCUGCCUUGAACAUGCAGUGUCCAUUGACGAGGAAGAUCAUGAACCUAAGCUUAAUGAUGAAGAUACCACAGCUCAUGGUGUGGAAGACCAGGACCCUGAAGUCUUCUUUAAAGAUGAAAAGAUUGUUGAAUCUCAUGGGGAAAUGAUUGUACUGGACCCCUCUGAGAGUGAAAGUGAUGAACUUCCCACUGUGGAUGAAAGCAUUUACAAGAGCGAUACCUCGGAUCCCUGUCCCGUUCAGAGCGCAGGUCAUGGACGGGAAAUAUCUACCCUUGGAAUGUAUGCAGAGGAUGACCGCAUUAUAGAAAGUGAGGUCUUUGAAAAGGUCACUGAGGUUUUCAGACCAGUAGAAAAGGAAGUUAAACACGACCUCGUUUUGGAGAGCGGACCGGAUGAAAGUGAAAAUGCAAAUAAAAAUGAAGCGUGCUGGUCUAACUUGACUGAUGAUACCCAAAUAAAUGAAGAAGAUGAGUUGGAAGUUGAAACAGAGGGAGAUCAUGGACCUUGCUUUUACGAGAUAGAGACCUGUGAAGAUGUAGACACAUCUGUAUUUGUCUCUGAAGAGGUAGCUGAUGUUGACGAAUGCACCGAAGUCGUAUCGGCCGUUGAACAAUGCAAGGAGUUAAAUGCAAGUGAAGAUCCCCAGAAUGGCGCCCAUGACUUACUGCUUGUGCAAAAUGCCGUCGAACUGCAAUCAGACAAAGAUCCCGUCAAAGAUCCAGAGCCUCCAGGGUGUUGUAAUCUAUCGUUCGAGCUAACCGAUACAACCGAGCAAAAGGACGAUUUUCCACCUCAGAGUAAGUGUAGCGAAACACUGGACGGAAUAAUACAUCAAGUUGCGCGAAGCAAACCGACCGAGCUCGGUGAGCCAGACGACUUUUUUAACCUAGCCGGUGAAAACGCAACCUCCGAUCAGAUCGAAGCUUCCGAGGACACGGAGGCAUCUGACGACGAGGACUACGCCGAGUCCUGCGAUUGUGAAUUCUGUGUGCAGUCUAUAGAGCAGGUGCCAGCCAAGCCACUUCUUCCCCAGAUAAAGUCUAAAGACGUAGGAAAGAUUUGCGUAGUGAUCGAUCUGGAUGAGACGCUAGUGCACAGUUCAUUUAAGCCGGUGAACAAUGCCGAUUUUAUCAUUCCGGUGGAAAUCGAUGGGGCCGUACACCAGGUGUAUGUACUGAAGCGACCUCAUGUUGAUGAGUUUUUAAAGCGGAUGGGCGAAUUGUUUGAGUGCGUCUUGUUCACUGCAAGCUUAGCCAAGUACGCAGAUCCCGUGUCGGACCUGCUAGAUAAGUGGGGUGCCUUCCGCUGCCGUCUCUUUCGAGAAUCCUGCGUGUUUCAUCGUGGAAACUACGUCAAGGACCUGAGCCGCCUGGGCAGGGACCUCAACAAAGUCAUCAUCGUGGAUAACUCACCAGCAUCAUACAUCUUCCACCCAGACAAUGCUGUACCCGUAGCCUCUUGGUUUGACGACAUGUCCGACACAGAGCUGUUGGAUUUGAUUCCGUUCUUCGAGAGACUGAGUAAAGUGGAUGACGUGUACGCUGUGCUCAAACAGCAGAGGACUAGCAGCUAGCGUGAUCGACGGGGCAGCUUUCACCACGGGGCCAGGGAGGCUGGCGGGGUUCGGAGCGCCACUUCCUUGCUACAUGGGAUCUGCCGCCGGCUCGCUCCUCAUCACCUACCCAGAAUUCCAUUCGCAGGAGGUUUGACAGAGAAGCAUAAAGUUGAUGGAAACCUGGUAUGGCUACAACGAUGGAACUGUGAAGGAACUGCUUUAUCUCACACACACACA